UAGUGGAAGUGAUUUGAAAAUCAUUAUUCAUUUAGUUAAUUUUGCCUAUUGCCUGUAUUAUUAAUUUCACGACGUUACCGCCUCAUUCAUAUGUUAUGCAGUCGCUCGUAUGUCACGCUUGAAUAUUCUAGGAGCGCGGUGUUGGGUGUCAUGGCAACAAACGCAAACACAGUAGACAAAUUCAGCAGGUGGGAGAUGGUUCAGCUGCACGUCAAACGAGGAGAUGAGAGUCAGUUUCUCUUCAGUACUACAGUGGAUGUCUCAGUUGAGACACUGACCCAGCAGGUCAGCGCCAUCUAUAAUGGAAGACUGAAAGUGGACAGGAUCUGCUCUGAAAUCCCAGAGCUGGCAGAUCAUGGUGUCUCUCUUCCGCCGAAUAUGCAAGGCCUGACUGAUGAUCAGAUCAUGGAGCUCAAACUAAAGGAUGAAUGGGAGGACUGCUGUGUUCCCAGCGGUCUUGCUGAGUUUAAGAAGGAUGAGCUCGGACGUCGAAGUGGACAUGCUCCGAACCAGAAGAUCAAAGAAGUUUUAAGGAAAACAGUGGAGGAAGCCAAAGCUUUAAUCUCCAAAAAACAAGUGGAAGCGAAUGUAUGCGUUACCAUGGAUUUGGUCAAAGAGGCUUUGGACCAGUUGAGAGGAGCUGUGAUGAUAGUUUAUCCAAUGGGGCUGCCUCCACAUGAUCCAAUUAGGAUGGAGUUUGAAAAUCAAGAGGAUCUUACUGGAACACAGGCCUCAUUACUGGUGAUCCCAGAAGAAGAGGCUCAGCUGUGGUGGGCAUCUAAAGAACUGCAGAGGGGCAAAAAGCUGCAGAAUUAUGUUGGGAAAAAUGAGAAAACCAAAAUUAUUGUGAAAAUUCAGAGAAGAGGCCAGGGUGCACCAGCACGAGAACCACUAGUGAGUGAAGAGGAACAAAAAAAGAUGAUGCUGAAUUAUUACAAGAAGCAGGAAGAACUAAAAAAACUAGAAGAGGCAGAUAAUGACUCGUAUCUUCAGUCUGAUUGGUCGGACAGACAGGCCCUAAAAAGACAGUUCCAGGGACUCACAAAUAUCAAAUGGGGCCCAAGAUAGAUGAACAAAGAAAAUCACAACUGAUCUACAGCUACUCUCCACUUGACAAAUCAGAGAUCUCUACACUCUACUGCUGCUGUUUUUAUGCAGUUUGGUGCCUUCAUUACAUAUGAAAGGUAUUUAUAUGAUUCUUUGUAAAUGCAAAGCGUGAGACAUCAGAUUUCUCUGCUCUGAUUCAUUGGCAGAAGGCUGCAACACCUUUCCUCUCUUUGUCUGUGCCUCUGGCAGUUACUCAGUUGAAACUUGAUGCUGUUUAAAGACAGUAUGUUUCCGUGCAGCUCUAAGGAUCGCUGUGGCACCGCAGAGUUCAUUUGGAGAGCGUUGAUAAGAAAUUCCAGGAUAUUUUAGUAUCCUUAAGGCAAAAUAGAGGUUACAGUAUCAGGAGGUGUGGUUUCACUGGAAAAGUUGAGUGUGAUGACAUGUAAUUAAAGUACUUUCUGUUUGUGUUCAUUUUAUGAUUUCACUUUUAAAUAUAAUACAUUUUAAUAAAAACAUUUUUACCAGU